AUGACUGCCAAUAAGCCCAAAAUAUUGUUUGUUCUUUCUUCGCAUGAAAAUGGCUGGUAUCUGCCCGAGUUCGCCCAUCCUUAUCAGGUGCUUGCACCUCACGUCCAUAUGACCAUCGCCUCACCUCUGGGCACCUCUACGGUCGACCCUAUCUCCGUGGAGCGGUUCAAAGAUGAUUCGUACUGUCAAGAAUUCUAUCGCACAAAAGAGGAUAUCUGGAAGACAAUGUACGACCUCGCCACUGAUAAGACAACGAUUCAGCUGAUUCGGGAGUUUCAUGAUGCCGACCGCAUCAUCGUCGCUCUUUGUCACGGUGUGGCUGCCCUCGUCAACGUAUAUUUGGCCGACGGAACACCUCUGCUAGGCGGAAAACGUGUGACUGGAUUUAGUGAUGAAGAAGAGGACCAGGCCUAUGCCAACAAAAUUGCCCCUCCAAAUAUGCCCUUCCAUCUUCAGCAAGCCUUGGACAAGGCCAGUGGAGGUAAAUACGAGAAAGCAGAUCAGGCCUGGGCGCCUCAUGUGAUACCAAGUCCCAAACUUCUCCUCGGACAGAAUCCGGCCAGUGCCCACGAUCUGGGCAUCGCGUUAUUGGAAGUCAUUACCAAAAGUAAGUGA